AUGCUUUUCUUUUUGAACUUCUGUUAUCGGCUGUUGUCUGUCUUCAACCUUUCCUUUCUCUCUCUCUCUCUCUCCAUGAAAGAAGAUGAAAGAAGAACACGUACUUCAAUCUUUGCCUCCUUUUUCUCUGCUGAAUUUUUGAACUAAGUUUCGCCCUUGAAACAUUCUUUUAUGUAUCUUGCAUAUGCGUAUAUCAAUCUGACAUCCGGAUAAAGCUAGGAGAGAAAGAGGAGCUGCGAGAAAUGGCGGCCAGUGUUCCCGCGGGGAUUCUGAUCGCGGCGGCACUGUUCCCGGCUGCUUUGGUGAUGUGCGGUUUUCCCGCGGCGCUGAAGCUGGAGAGAGCCUUUCCUACUGGCCAACGAGUCGAAUUGAGUCAACUCAGGGCACGGGACAUGGCCAGGCAUGGAAGAAUGUUGCAGUCCUCUUCUAAUGGCGUCGUCGAUUUUCUGGUCGAGGGUACUUACGAUCCGUACAUCGUUGGGCUUUAUUUUACAAAAGUGCAUUUGGGUAAUCCUCCAAGAGAAUUCUAUGUGCAGAUUGAUACGGGUAGUGAUGUUCUGUGGGUCAGUUGUAGCUCCUGCAAUGGUUGCCCUGAAACGAGUGGACUCCAAAUUCAGCUCGACUUCUUUGAUCCUAGGAGCUCAUCAACAGCUUCAUUGAUCUCUUGUUCAGACCAAAGAUGCAGUCUUGGAGUUCAAUCUUCAGAUGCCAUCUGUUCUAGUCAGAACAAUCAGUGCGCAUACACAUUCCAGUAUGGAGAUGGCAGUGGGACAUCCGGCUAUUAUGUAUCAGACUUUUUGCAUUUCGAUGUAAUUCUUAGGGGUUCUGUAACCACAAACUCUUCGGCUCCCAUUGUCUUCGGGUGUAGCACCUCGCAGACAGGAGACUUGACAAAGUCAGAUAGAGCAGUUGAUGGAAUUUUUGGGUUUGGACAACAGGCCAUGUCUGUCAUCUCACAACUUUCUUCACAGGGAGUGUCACCAAAAGUAUUCUCCCACUGCUUGAGAGGAGAUGAUGCUGGUGGAGGUAUAUUGGUGUUCGGGGAAAUCUUGGAGCCCAAUAUAGUUUACAGUCCACUUGUCCCAUCGCAGCCUCAUUAUAAUUUGAAUCUGCAAAGCAUUGCUGUCAAUGGCCAAAUAUUACCAAUUGAUCCAGCAGUAUUUGCAACAUCAAGCAACCAAGGAACCAUAAUUGAUUCCGGGACAACUUUGGCUUACCUUGCAGAAGAAGCUUACAAUCCUUUUGUCAGUGCUAUAACAAAUGUUGUUUCACAAUCUCUGCAUCCUGUUCUUCCCAAGGGAAACCAAUGUUAUUUAAUUACCUCCAGUGUCACCGAUAUAUUCCCUCAAGUUAGUUUAAACUUUGCUGGUGGUGCAUCCUUGAUACUAAGACCUCAGGACUAUCUCUUGCAGCAAAAUUCAAUCGGUAACUCUGCAGUGUGGUGCAUUGGAUUACAGAAAGUACAGGGCCGAGGGAUAACAAUUUUAGGAGACCUUGUCCUAAAAGACAAAAUAUUUGUUUAUGAUUUGACUGGUCAACGGAUUGGAUGGGCUAACUACGACUGUUCAAUGUCUGUUAAUAUUGAAGCAACAAUGAGUGCUGAGAGAAGUGAAUAUGUCAAUGCUGGGCAGCUAAGUGAUAGCAGUUCAGUGCAGAGUGAGCCUUACAAGGAGCUAGUAAUGAGCGUAAUUGCUUUACUAAUGCACAUAUCACUCGUCGUCUUGUUUUUGUAGCAUAUUGUGCAAAAGGUCCUUGUACUUGGCAUUCUUUGUUUCAUUUUUUAUAUAUUCCCUUUCCGGUUUAUAUUAUAGCAAUCGGCAAGACCAUGUUUUAUUGUUAGAAAGUAGAUUGUUGCUAAUUGUAACUGUACAGCGUGCAAUAGGUUUGUGGCUUUCUGAAUAUUUAUUCAUCAGCCUCAUAGAAUUGCACGUUCCUCGGUUGGAGCAGGCAGCUUACUCCAUUUGCAGCACUUGUAAAUUACAUUCUCAACCUAUUACUGGUUUAAUGGCAGAUUGGAUUUAUACAAA